GAUCAGCAAGAAAUCAAGCACCGCCUUCCUCCUUCUCCUCAAAGAAUUCCUAACCUGUCUCUUUCUCUCUCUUAAAGCUUCCAUUUUUCUCUCUCAUCUCACCAGAAGAGGGAAAACCCACAUAAGAGGAGAAGAAGAAAGACCUUCCCAGCCUCCUUCCCCAUGGCCGAUAAUUCCAGACCUCCGGUCACCGGCUACCCCGCGCCUCCCCCGGGAGCCUACUCCAACGGCUAUCCUCCUGGGGCGCACUCCAACGCCUCCUACCCUUACGCCGCGCCUCCCCCCCAGUACGCCAAUUACCAGUACUAUGCCCCGGACCGGCGCGCCACCUUCCUCCGCUACUUCCUGGUGGCGAUGAUCGCCUUCUUCGUCAUCAUCGGCACCGUGCUCUUCAUCGUCUGGCUCGUCCUCCGGCCCCGGCUCCCCGAGUUCCGGGUCCAGUCCCUGACGGUCACCAACUUCUCCGUCUCCAACUCGUCGCAGCACGUCUCCGGCGACUGGCUCGUCCAGUUCCAGGUCGCGAACCCUAACAAGAAGAUGAAGAUAUCCUACGCCGACAUCGCGUCCUCCAUCUUCUACAAGUCCGAGUCCUUGAGCGCGACGCGGCUGCCGCCGUUCGAUCAGGGGACGAGGAAUCAGACGGUUGUCCAGGCGAGUUUCGCGGCUGUGGACACGUAUGUGGACGGCUGGGCCGUGAGCGAAAUAAAUGCGGAGAGAGCGAGGGGAGCCGUGAGCUUCCAAGUGAGGCUUUUGGCCUUGGCUCGGUUCAAAGCUGGAUGGUGGCGCGCGCGACGGCGGUUGAUUAGGGUUUUUUGUGUCAACCUGGCGGUGGGGCUUCCGCCGAAUAAUGGAACGGGGAAGCUGACCGGUGGAGUGAGAGAGUGCAGGGUUGGUCUAUGAGUAAGAUGUGAUCGUUGCUUUUUCAAUUUUUCUGUUGUUCUUUUCCCAAUCAGAAUGUGGUUUAAGUUGGAUAAAGAUACCUUCUUCUUCUUUUCGUGAGAUUAUCGUCGGAAUGGAAUGGAUGUAUAGAUGUACAUUUUAAUUCCCGUAUGAUAGUUGUUAUGGUUAUGAUCAUUAAUUUGUUCAUAGUAUAGAUGUAGAUUUAUCUUUCCAAGUUUCUA